AUGAAAACAAAAAUAAAGAAUACAAAAGAACCUUCAACAACAGACUAUAAAAUAAAGCAAGGCAUGAAAACACAAAUGAGGAAUCAGGAACCUGUAAAAUGCCAUAAGGGCCAUAUUGGAGAAGCUAGAGCUUUGGCAGUUAGUGCAGAUGGUAAAUUUGUUGUGUCGUGCGGUGCCGAUAUGGUGUUGAGGAUGUAUGAAAAAUCUGACCAGGUAUUAGUGUUAGAAGACGAACAAGAGGAAGAAAGAGAGCACAAUGAAGAGUUGGCAACAGGGGAACAAACAGUCAUUCCCGGCCAACCAGGUUUAAAUUUACCCUCCAGAAAAACCAUAGGAAGUGAAAAGGCAACGGAAAAUAUUUUGGAGUGUUUGGCAAUAUGUGAGAUGUAUAAGGAACAGUUAGUUGAACAUGCAGCUCUUCAAGCAGCUUCAAGUCAGACGUUGUCUCUACCUGUUCCCCCACCUUUGAUGUUAGCACUACAUGCUUCAACGCCAGGUGAUUUUUUUCUGAAAACAAUCAGAAGAACCAGACCUAGGUUUCUAUUGGCCACAAUCUCUAUGAAUUAA